CCACCGGAGGUCAGAUCCAAGUCCAAAAUAAAUUGCCUCUUUCCUGAGGCUCAGCCAUUUUAAUAGUGCAGAUUUAUUGUGCUGUGCUUUUUGGAGGGUGAUCAUAUGUAUGUGGUCAGUAGCGCGUCUGCAGCCUGAGCCAGCCUCCCUCUCACGUUACAUCCUAUUUAUAAUGUCCCCUCGCAGGCUCCCCUCGCUCUGCACUUCCCAGGAACCUCCGCUCCUCUCAGCAGCGAGGCCAGCUGACUCUUCAUCAUCUGCAUGCUGUGGAUUACACAGGACGCCUCCACCCAAACCCCUGUUUUUACCUGUCCAACAGCCCUGCUUCUGGAGCAGAGGAACAACAAACACUUUUGCACAAGUGAAGGGAGCAGAAGAAGCUUCUUGGAUAUCUACACUUUUGUGAUUUUUGUUUUUUGUUUUUUUUGUUUUUGUCAUUGGUUGAUUUGGUAACUUUAUCUCAUUCACCUGCUCUUCUCACCUUUCCUGGGGGGUGCGGGUUGCUCUUUGUGUGUGUGUGUGUGUGUGUGUGUGUGUGUGUGUGUGUGUGUGUGUGUGUGUGUGUACGUGCCCAUUUGCAUGCGAUGGAUCACACGCUGUUCGGCUGCCUACGCAGCCCCCACGCCGCGCCUCAGGGUCUGCACCCGGCGUUCACUCAGUCCCCCCUGACCCUGCACGGACGCUCGGACCAUAUCUCCUACCCCGACCUGGCCUCUGCCUCCUCCACCUCUUCCCCCUCACCUUGCAUCAUCUCCAGCUACCCUGUGGACGAAGGCCUGUUCGCUGGGCAACACCACCACCCCCACCGCGGCCACCUGCCCUCCCAGCAGCAUCACCACCCACCUCCCCAUCAAGUGCCCUGGCACAUUCCGCAGAUGCCGUCGCCGGCCAUCGCCGCCUCCCGCCACAACCUCUGCCACCCGCACUCGGCCCAGGACGGGGGGCCCUCGCCCCAGGAUCUGGGCCCCCCCAGUGGGCCCAGCAUGUGUGCCAGUACGCCCAGCCUGGGAGGCAGCAGCACCCCCACGGGGGCCUCGUGUGUGCCGGUGGACUUUGGCCGACAGGCUCUGUCGCCUGCCGAAGCUGAGAAAAAGAAUGGCAAGAGGAAAAGUGACAGUUCAGAGUCUCAGGACGGGAAUUACAGGUCAGAUGUGAGCAGCAAGCCCAGGAAGGAGAGGACGGCGUUUACCAAGGAGCAGAUCCGGGAGCUGGAGGCCGAGUUUGCCCACCACAACUACCUGACCAGGCUAAGGCGCUAUGAGAUAGCCGUCAACCUGGACCUGACUGAGAGACAGGUUAAGGUGUGGUUCCAAAACAGGAGAAUGAAGUGGAAGCGAGUGAAAGGAGGCCAGCAGGGGGCGGUAGCUCGAGAGAAGGAACUGGUGAAUGUGAAAAAGGGGACGCUGCUGCCGUCGGAGUUUUCCGGCAUCGCGGCGCUUCACCACUCCACGGACUCCUUAGCCAACGAGGACAGUCACGACAGCGACCAGAGUUCUGAGCAUGCUCACUUAUGAUGCAGACAGUUGGCUCCGCCUCCUCAGCUCAGGCCACGCCUCCGCUUCAGGACCUGCCUUUAAAGGAGCGCUGUUUUGCUGGUUCCCCAUCGUCAAAAAGAGUACAACGAUGAUAAAGAAAUGUACACCUGUGGAGACAGGUGACCUGCCUAACUUCAUGUAUGAGAAUGCAGUACAUGCAGGCAAGAGAUGAGCAGCACGCUAGGCAGAAUGUUGGAAAGUCCCCAGGUGCCCUCGCUGAACAUGAUUUAAAGCUUUGUUUAAUUAAUACUGUUAAGGAAAAUUAAAGUCACGUUAUCUUUAUUGUGUGGUUAAGGAGAUUCGCCGAAUUUAACAUUUUGGGCUCAAGAGAUUUUUCAAAACAUUGUGAACAUUCCAGGUUGUUGUGUGAGAGGAAGGCAGGUUAAGGCUUUGAUUUGCACUGUUAAAGAAAUGCCUCAAUUGGUUUCUACUGUAUGUAGUGUGUCAGUUGUAUUACUGAUAAGAUCAAGUGCCAGAAAAUCCAAUUUGCGUGUAUGUAUAUAUAUAUGUAUAUGUGUAUAUGUAUGUGUGUAAACACACUCAUAUAUAUGUAUCAUAUAUAUAUAUAUAUUAUAUACACACACAUGUAUACAUAUGUAUAUGUAUAAAUAUGUAUGUGUAUAUGUAUAUAUGUAUGUGUGUGUAAACACUCAUAUAUGUAUCAUAUAUAUACACGUAUACAUACAUAUAUGUAUGAAUAUGUAUGUGUAUGUAUACAUAUAUGUGUGUAUACAUAUAUAUGUGUGUAUAUAGAUAACAUAUGAUACAUAUAUAUGUGUAUACAUAUAUGUAGGUAUAUAUACACAUAUAUGUAGGUAUAUAUACACACAUAUAUAUAUACUAUGUAAUAUGUAUACAUGUGUAUGUAUGUAAGUAUGUAUACAUAUAUAUACUGAUGUAGAGGACCCGAGCUUGAGGAAGACACACACCACCCAAAAAGGGUGAGAGGGAGAUUUUAUAUAUAUAUAUAUAUAUAUAUAGUCUCUAUUCUCCUAUUGUCUUACUUUAAUUAUUUUCUACCUGCACUAUUCUACUCACUCAGUCAUAAACAUUGACUAUUCUAAAGUCAACAUUUUUGUGUGCCAGGAGAAAUAUGAUGUAAACAAAUCUGAAACUAAGAUUUUAUGAACAUGUUAUUUUUUCUGAAAUACUUGCAGAUCAAAUAAAAUGCAACCAAUGUCAAA